AUGUUCUCCUUCGUGCACACCCUCAUCCUUGCUCUUCUCUGCUCCAUGGUCUUCGUUGAAGCUAUGCCAAGGUAUUUCGGGUGAGGGAAAAGGGGUUGUUGUGUGCUACAAUACAUAAUUCUCGUACUUUAGAAAGGGUUUCUAAAAACAUAUGAAAUAUACAUGAUUACUGGGUUUAGGUAUUCGUGGCUGAACCCUUGAUUCUUAGACACAGGAAGUACUGUAUCUUGCUUGGCCUUAUUGAAAAUUGUAUUGACUUCCUUGGCAGCUAGCUGUGACUUGCUUCUUGACAAUGUUUUUUGACCCACCCUUUUUAAAUUUGCCAUCACGUCACUUUCUGUUCAUACUUUUGAAAAUACCUUCUUGGAACUUGUAAACGUAUUGCCUACUGCUGUGUUACUACAGAACUUGGGUACGAGAACUGAUAUCAUUAAUGUCCAGAACUCAUAUUUCUCAAUUUGCAUAUCAAUUUUCAUAAACGUGCAACAAAAAAAUCAUGAGUCUACUUCCUUAACGGGCACAAAUGUUGGAAUAAAUUAAUACAUCACUCAGUUUUCGCAUAUUCGUAAUAUAAAAUCUAGGUUACAUGUAAAUUUGUAUGCAUCGAAAUCUACAGAGUGAGAUGGAUAUAAUUGGAUCUGGAAGUAAAAGUGAAAGGGAGAGUGAGAGUGUUAUUUCCUCUUUGCAGAACAGGGAACAUGAAGCCCAUCGAACCUCACCCAUGGGGUUCAAAAAUGUCGAGGUUUGAAUGAUAACUGCUGACAGCUUUAUUUCUUUGGUCAUUUUGUAGAUUCUCUAGUAGUAGUCGAACUCCCCGAGGGGCAAAAAUGAGUAAUUUAUAAGAAGUGGUCUCUGGAAAGUUGAGCAAAACAUGACGGCGUACUAUUUAUGACCAUUCUUGAGAUGACAGCUCGAAAGGUACGCACGCAACGACGCCAAAUCACUUGAAGUGGUGCGGCUAUAUUUAGUAGACCGAGUUCAGUUCCAAAACAUUAAUCUCUUUCCGCCUCCCCCGGACAAACAAACGUAUCGAGUAUUCUCCAGAGUAUGAUAACAUCUCAGAUUGAUUACUUCUGGAUUCCCAUGAUGAUGAAAGUAAUGUUUCAGCAUGAGACCGGCCAAAAAAGCCAUGCGCAACUCGCUGGUUCGAUUUGGAAAACGAGCUGAUCCCGUGGGAUCCGAUGAUGUCUUCCUAGGUAUGUACAUACAUUCCUCAACCGUAAUAGCACCAACAUUUUCAGGCGAAUCGUAUGGAAACGCGGACCCGUACGAAUAUGUUCCGGAGCACAUGUCGAACCGGGCGCCGUCUGUCCUUCUCUACUGA